CGUAAGAUUAGAGUCUUUUUGGCCCGUUCAACCGUUUCGAACAGUAAGGCAGCGUUAAGGUGCAUAGGCCGGAUAAGAAAAUACACUAAGAAAGACGAUGUCUGCUCCAGCUACUCAAAGACAUUGUGCUGCCCCAAACUGCGGUAAAGUUACCACCUCAAACCUGAAAUGCCCAAUUUGCUUAAAGGCGGGGCUGCAUGAAUACUUUUGCAAUUCCACAUGUUUCCGUGGAAGUUUUUCCCAGCAUAAAGCUAUCCAUGCAAAGGCAGGUGUUGACUCUUAUAACCCAUUCCCUGAAUACGACUACCGUGGUACUGUCAAGCCAGCAUACCCACUCACCCCAACACGUGCGGUUCCGGAAAGUAUCAAAAGGCCAGACUACGCUUUGAAUGGUGAGCCUAUUUCGGAGCUGAAAAACGAUCGUACCAACAAGAUUAGAGUUUUAAAUGCAGACGAAAUUGAAAAGAUGCGUCAUGCUUGUAAGCUCGGUAGAGAAGUUCUGGAUUUGGCAGGUGCUGCUGUGAAACCUGGAGUUACUACCGAUGAGAUCGACAGAAUCGUUCACGAAGCAACAAUCGAGCGUGGAGCGUAUCCUUCGCCCUUAAACUAUUUCAACUACCCUAAGGCAGUUUGUACUUCGGUUAACGAAGUCAUUUGUCACGGUAUUCCAGAUAAAAGAAAAUUAGAAGAUGGAGACAUUGUCAAUAUUGAUGUGUCUCUAUACAAGGACGGAUUCCAUGCGGAUUUGAAUGAAACAUACUAUGUUGGGCAGAAAGCCAGAACAAACCCAGAUCUUGUUCGUCUUGUUGAAACCACCCGUGAAUCCCUAAACAAUGCCAUCGCAGCUGUCAAACCAGGUACUCCUGUCCGUGAAUUUGGAAACAUCAUUCAAAAGCAUGCUGACGCCAACAACGUUUCCGUUGUUAGAACAUACUGUGGCCAUGGUGUUGGAGAGUUAUUCCACUGUCAGCCAGACAUUCCACAUUAUGCUAAAAACAAGGCAAUUGGAACCUGUAAACCUGGUAUCUGCUUCACUAUCGAGCCUAUGCUUAAUCUAGGCUCUUACCGUGAUGUGAUGUGGCCUGACGGAUGGACAUCUACUACUGCAGAUGGUAAGGCGAGUGCCCAAUUCGAACACACAUUACUUGUUACUGAAGACGGUGUCGAGGUAUUGACUGCAAGAACUGCAUCAUCUCCUGGUGGACCAGUUGCAAGAAUCUAGGCUCAAAGUGAUUUCCUUAUUGGAUGGGUUUAUUCGUGCGAUUCGCAAACAAAUGUAGAACGAUGU